AUGGAGGGUCGCGCGGACCCGACGGGGAAGCCCGAACGCGCAGCUCCCCAACGAUCGUCUGCGCCCCGCGUCCGCUUGAGCUGCGAAGCUUGCCGGGCCCGCAAAGUGAAGUGCGACAAGCUGAGCCCAUGUUCCAGCUGCCAACGCCUUGGUUACAACUGCGUCCCGGUCGAGCGAGCCCGUUUACCGCGGGGUCGCACCAGGAAGGGCCCGAACGUCCAUGGCUCUGAUAAGGAGCUCCAUGACCGCGUUGCCAAACUGGAGGAUAUGCUACGGAGGGUAGCGACAGAGCGAACUGGGCCCAGCCGCACUGCUGACACGAGUCCUGCCUUCAAUGCCUCCAAUGCCAAUAAUACCGAGAACUUUGAUGCCGGCGUAACUGACGUGGAGAACUGGCAGAACAAUGCGCAGGGCUCGUCUGCAGGCACCUUGAAGACCAGGAAUGCAAAUCGUCCUCGCCCUGUGGCUUCCUAUAUGGGGAGCUCUUUUUGGGAGGACAUCAUGCAACAGACGGCGGAGCUGCGAAAUGUACUUGACGACCGCUUGGAGACAGAGGAAUUUGAUUCGCAUAAUCCCGAGGGUUUCGGAAAUACCCUCAUCGGAUCCGAAACCCCAGAAAGCGCUUCGAACUCACCGCAGUCCCAGCGUACCUUCGUAAUUACGCCAGACGUGCGCAGGAGUCUUUGCGAAAUCUAUCUCCACAAUGUGGACCCUGUCUUCAAGAUCUUACACAGGCCCUCGCUCCACGCUUACCUCUAUGAUAACAAACCGUACCUCGACUACCCAAUCGACCAUCAAUCACCUCUCACGCUCGCCUAUGCAGUUUAUUUGGCCGCAGUCUGUACGAUCGAUGCAGAUCAAUGCCAGGCGCUAUUUGGGAUCGACAAGAAGACUGUGGUUGCCGACCUGCAGAAAGAAACAGAGGCAGCCCUCAUCAAGUCCGACUUUGUCACGACAAAUGACUUGACCAUCUUACAAGCGUAUAUCCUGUCGUUGGUCGCUGCGCGUUCCCAGGACCAGAGCCGACGGGUGUGGACCAUGCUGAGCAUGGCCUUGCGAAUUGGUCAAGCUCUGUGUCUCCAUCUUUCAGAGCCGCCUUUCCACGUUACUCCCUUUGAGCAGGAGAUGCGCCGCCGAUGUUGGCAAUGUAUCGGAAUACUUGACCUGUCCGCUUCUCUUGACAGAGCAACCGAUCCAAUGAUGCAGGCCGCAUGGUUACAGGCGCAUCCUCCUUUGAACAUCAACGACGAGGAUAUCUGGCCUAGUAUGGAAGGCCCAAUAGUUGAAAAGCCAGUGGGCACCUUUACCGACUCGACUUUGACACUGAUAGUCGCCGAAGCACAGUCUGUCGCUCGGUCGGUGGCAUUCGCUGACUUCAUCGAGAUGUCGGUGAAGUCCAUGAGUAUGCGCCACCAGAUCCUUAUGGACUUCCGGCAGAAUGUUGCCAAUCUCCUUAGUGGGACCAGGCCAGACGUGUCUGAUUUCCACCGGUACGCCAAGCGGACAGCGACCAACAUCAAUGGCUGGCUGCAGCUUGGGUGUCUGCGUCCCUUGAUUCGAAGCACAGCGUUCCAGCCUCCCAAGGUGAAAGGCGAUGCUCUUCUCCGGCUGGCGGCCACUAAUCUACAAAGGGCUUCAGAGGAGCUUAGCGAUCCCGCCAUGGCACAUUGGGCCUGGUUCGGUCUUCUCUGGGCCCCUUGGCAUGGGCUCGCCGUCGCUCUCGCCGAGCUCUGUGUCUGCAAGGACCCUGACACUAUGUCCAAAUACUGGCCUGUGGUCGAAGUUAUGUAUCAUCGUACCAGCACCAUGAUAGCAGACUCCGAGCAAGGGAUGCUGUGGCGACCACUCAAGAAGCUCAUGAGCCAGGCUUCAAACCGCAAGCGAGAACUCCUUGGCGAUGACGAAUAUGCUCCACCUCUGGGCCAAUUCACUGGCGGGAGAGCUCCUAGCAUCUUGACACAUCAGCAAGUUUAUACUACGAUCGCAGGAUACGAAAUGAUGGAACCCCACGUGGCCCCGCUGCCCGACCCCGCGGCCGAUUCUACAUCCACAAUGGCGGUAGAUCAGUCAUUCAAUCUCAAUCCGUCGUUCGUCAUGACCCUUCCGUCUGUGGAAACAGAUUCUUGGACCAAUUUUUGGGCCUCGAUGGACUUCAGCAAUAUCGGAGCGAUGCCUGGCGCUUCUGAGGACGUCGGCUGGAAUCACUACAACAACUUCAUGGGAGAUGUUGCAGGAAACGGUGAUUUCAUGUUUACACCUCCAUGA